AUGGAAGUUUCAAAUGAUAAUCAUCAUCAUAUUCAAUUAAAGGAAACCGUUUUGGUGGGAAAAACUUUAGUAGCUUUUACUAGUGUAUUUGUUACUCAAGGUGUACUCUUAUUUGGAUAUGAUCAAGGGGUUAUGAGUUCAUUAUUAACCAAUGGAUAUUUCCAAUCUUAUUUCAAUAAUCCUAGUCCUGUAGAAAUUGGUACUAUGAUUGCAAUUUUAGAAAUUGGGGCCUUGUUUUCAUCAUUUGCUGCAGGGAAAAUUGGUGAUUCUAUAGGUAGAAGAGCUACAAUCAGGUGGGGGGCUUUAAUUUUUGUUAUUGGUGGAUCCAUGCAAACAUUUUCUUUUAAUAUAGUCAGUUUAUCGAUUGGUAGAUUAAUUGCCGGGGUAGCUGUGGGACUUUUAACCACAAUUAUUCCUUGUUACCAAUCUGAAAUCAGUCCUCCUGAUGAUAGAGGGUUUUUUGCAUGCUUAGAAUUUACAGGUAAUAUUUUGGGUUAUGCUAGUAGUAUUUGGAUUGAUUACGGAUGUAGUUAUAUCGAAAGUAAUUGGUCAUGGAGAUCUCCUUUAUUGAUUCAAGUUAUUAUUGGGUUCUUAUUAUUUUUAGGUUCUUUCAUUAUUGUGGAAACUCCUAGAUGGUUAUUAGAUAAAAAUCACGACCUUGAAGGUAUGAUUGUUAUUUCUGAUUUAUAUGCUAAUGGAGAUGUUGAAGAUGAAAAGGCUAAAGAAGAAUAUAGACAGAUUAAAGAAGAUAUCCUUAUUUCUAGAAUUGAAGGUGGUGAAAGGAGUUAUCACUAUUUAAUCACUAGAUAUACUAAGAGAUUAUCAGUGGCAUGUUUUUCCCAAAUGUUUGCUCAAUUGAAUGGUAUUAAUAUUGUUUCUUAUUAUGCUCCAAUGAUCUUCGAAUCUGCUGGUUGGAUUGGUAGACAAGCUAUUUUCAUGACAGGUAUCAAUGCUAUUAUUUAUAUCUUAUCUACAUUACCACCAUGGUGGUUAGUUGAUGGUUGGGGUAGAAAACCUUUAUUAUUGAGUGGUGCUGUAUUUAUGUGUAUUCCUUUAACUAUAAUUGCCUUCUCAUUAUAUGCUAAUAAUGAAUAUACUGCUAAUACCGUUGUUGUAUGUGUAUUUGUAUUCAAUGCUGCGUUUGGUAUGUCUUGGGGUCCAAUUCCAUGGAUGAUGAAUGAAGUUUUACCUAAUUCUGUUAGAUCAAAAGGUGCUGCACUUUCAACUGCCACUAAUUGGUUUUUCAAUUUCGUGGUUGGUGAAAUGACUCCUAUUUUGUUGGACGUUAUUAGAUGGAAAACUUAUUUAAUUCCUGCUGUAUCUUGUGUGUUAUCAUUCUUCUGUGUUUACUUGCUUUUCCCCGAAACUAAAGGAUUAACUUUAGAAGACAUGGGUUCAGUGUUUGACGAUUCAUCUUCAAUCUUCUCUUUCCAUUCUUCAGGAAAUGUUGGUUAUGGAUCUACUGACGAAAGAAGAGCAAGUAUCUCUGUUGAUGGAACUUCUGAUAUAUUUCAUCAAUCUGCAGCUUCAAUUGCUAGAAAUCCAAAUUUAAUGAAACCUGAUUUUGAUGGAAUUAUUACUGGUACUCCACCUCCUCCCGUACCAACAAAUCCUUCCAACUUACAUGUUCCUCAUCCUCCAUUGAAUCGUGCUGGAUCGGGUAAUAACCUCAAUAACAACUUGAAACCUAUUAAGUCAGAUGUUUCUUCUUCAUCAGCUUCUAUUGAUGGAUUAAAUCCCGUAGAUUCAAAUGUCCCUCCUCAAGAAAUUGAACCUCCAACUUUUGAUGAAAUUUAUAAGUAUAAAGUCAAUCAAAUGUUAGAACCUAACGUCAUUACCAAAGCUUGGUUCCUGUUAGUUGGCAGAACAAAAAAGAGUGAUGAAGAAGCUCCUUUUAUUCAUUAA